AUGGUCUACUCACCCAGCACCUACCUCGUUUCCGCCGCCGUGGCCGCCGUGGCGCUGCAGAUGCAGCACACGGCCGCCACCUCGAUCUUCUUCGACCCGUUCACGUCGACCGACACCAUUGGCACGAUCAGUGGCAAGUUCCCGGCUCGCGGUGCUGUAGUGGCCGACAAGGACUGUGCUAUCACGGUCCAGGUCGACCCGACGCUGCCGGACAUCACCACCAUCUUGCCCGAGCCUUCGGAGUACCCGGACCUGCUUGCCAACCUGACCACGGGCCCCUCUGAGCCUGUGUACACAAAGGUGGGCACGGUUGUCAUGUCCGAGAACCUGCCGGCCGUCGACGCCAACCAGGACGGCUACAUCGACUCGAACAUGCCGGCGACGGGAGCUCCGCAGGAGGUGAAGACGGGUGUCAAGCAGGAACCCAAGGACUGCGCCACCGGCUGGGAGGAGAGCAAGCCCGCCGCCCGCAAGCUGCGUGACAGCGCCGUGUCGGGCCGCGAUCUGGAGGAGAAGCUGGAGACUAAGCGUCGUCUUGAGGCCAACGCCAACAAGGACAUCGCCAAGCUCGAGGCCUACUUCGGCACUAAGAUGGAGAUGGAGCUGAAGAACCUGCCCACUGAGGGCGUGCACACGCCUUCGCCCUGGCCGGGCCCGUACUGGCCCACGUACCAGGACGGCAUCAACGUCCAGUGGAGCCAGGGCCAGCCUAGCGCCGCCGAGAAGUACGCCAAGGCUUUCGGCAAGGACGUGAAGACGUUCAUGGACGCCGUGUCGAAGAAGAACGGUAUCGAUUCGCAGAGCGGCCGCAAAAAAUGCUCGUCGGACGACGACUGCUCGACCCUCACGGACGGCAGCGAGUGCGCCAUUCGCGCCGGCAAGUCCUCGGGCUACUGCAUCCCGACCUGGUACGGCAUCUGCCACGCCUGGACGCCCGCGUCCAUUCUCGAGGCUGAGCCCAACUGCCCUGUGACGCACAACGGUGUGACGUUCCAGCCCAUGGACCUGAAGGCUCUGAUCUCCGACAUCUACGACGGUGCCAGCGUGCCGACGCUCUUCACCGGCACCCGGUUCAACAGUGGUGCCGACACCCCCGACGAGUACGGCCGCCACUCGAACGCGGCCUACCGCGACCUGAACCCCGCCUUCUUCCACAUCGCCGCAGCCAACAUGCUCGGCAAGCUGAACGCCACGUUCGUCGCCGACGUCACUGCCGGCGCCGAGGUCUGGAACCAGCCGGUGCGUGGUUUCAAGGUGUACGAGCAGACGGAGAUGUCGACGAAGAAGGCCGCACAGACCUUCUACGGUCUCAAGAAGUACCCGUGGAACGCCGCUGCCAAGAGCAUCGUGUACGUCAAGUCCCGCCUUUCGUGGAUCUUCGAGACCUACACGGACGGAGGCCUUGUGGCUUCGGGCCAGGUUAACCAGUUCACGACUGGUGCCUACUACACGUACCUCCUUGAGAUGGACAAGCAGGGAAACAUCAUCGGUGGCGAAUGGGUCUACGACUCAGACGAAAACCACCCGGACUUCCUUUGGUUCCCCAAGGCCAAACCCGCUGCGGACACGGUGACCAGCAUCGGUCUCAGCUACGCUGACGUCAGCAUGCUUCUCGAGAAGUCGGUGGCCUGCUCGGGCUCGACUUCUUCUGGCUCUGCCGGCUCGGAGGCCCAGGCGUCGAGCUCGACCUCUUCCACCUCUUCUGGCUCGGAGGCUCCGGCUUCGACCACGGCACCGCCGACCGACUCGGACUCGACCACUGCGCCGCCGGCUGGCUCGCAGGCCGAGGUCCCCGAAGUGGGCAGCCAGUAAAUGUACUUCUUGAUGACUUUUGUAGUUUUACAAGUUUUCAAAAGUCUGUAGCGUCCCGAAUUGAUGAAUAACACCGUGCUUGCACGCAACAAUGUAAAGUUU